AGCUCAGCUGUGUUGAGCGCGCCCGGUCAGGAGCCGGCGGCCUGAGGGAUGGACGAGACUAGCCCACUGGUGUCCCCCGAGCGGGUCCAACCCCCGGACUACACCUUCCCGUCGGUCUCGGGCUCUCACUUUUCCCAGGUGCCGGGGGGCGCGGUCCGAGUGGCUGCUGCGGCCGGCUCGGCCCCCUCUCCGCCGGGAUCGCCGGGCCACGACCGGGAGCGGCAGCCACUGCUGGAUCGCGCCCGGGGCGCGGCGGCCCAGGGCCAGACCCAAACCGUGAUGGCGCAGGCCCAAGCUCUGGCCCACCAGGCCGUGGUGGCGGCGCACGCCGCGCAGGCCCACCGCGAACGGAAUGAGUUCCCCGAGGACCCCGAGUUCGAGGCGGUAGUGCGGCAGGCCGAGCUGGCCAUCGAGCGCUCCAUCUUUCCCGAGCGCAUCUACCAGGGCUCCAGCGGAAGUUACUUCGUCAAGGACCCUCAGGGGAAGAUCAUUGCUGUCUUCAAACCCAAGAAUGAAGAGCCAUAUGGGCACCUUAAUCCUAAGUGGACCAAGUGGCUGCAAAAACUAUGCUGUCCCUGCUGUUUUGGCCGUGACUGCCUUGUCCUCAACCAGGGAUAUCUCUCAGAGGCAGGGGCUAGCCUGGUGGACCAAAAACUGGAACUCAACAUUGUGCCCCGUACAAAGGUAGUACACCUGGCCAGUGAGACCUUCAACUAUAGUGCCAUUGACCGAGUGAAGUCCAGGGGCAAGCGGCUUGCGCUAGAGAAAGUGCCAAAAGUUGGGCAGCGGUUUAACCGCAUCGGGCUACCGCCGAAGGUCGGUUCAUUCCAGCUCUUUGUUGAAGGCUACAAAGAUGCAGACUACUGGCUGCGGCGUUUUGAAGCAGAGCCACUCCCUGAGAACACUAACCGGCAACUACUGCUGCAGUUUGAGCGGUUGGUGGUGCUGGAUUACAUCAUCCGCAACACUGAUCGAGGCAAUGACAACUGGCUGAUUAAAUAUGACUGCCCAAUGGAUAGUUCUAGCUCUCGGGACACAGACUGGGUGGUGGUAAAGGAGCCUGUUACCAAGGUGGCUGCCAUAGACAAUGGGCUGGCUUUCCCACUGAAGCAUCCUGACUCCUGGAGGGCAUAUCCUUUUUAUUGGGCCUGGUUGCCACAGGCAAAAUUCCCAUUCUCUCAGGAGAUCAAAGAUCUGAUUCUUCCAAAGAUUUCGGACCCAAACUUCGUCAAGGACUUGGAGGAGGACCUGUAUGAACUCUUCAAGAAAGAUCCUGGUUUUGACAGGGGCCAGUUCCAUAAGCAGAUUGCUGUCAUGCGGGGACAGAUCCUAAAUCUGACCCAGGCCCUGAAAGACAACAAGAGUCCUCUGCACCUCGUCCAGAUGCCACCAGUGAUUGUGGAGACAGCCCGUUCCCAUCAGCGGUCUGCUAGCGAGUCCUACACGCAGAGCUUUCAGAGUCGGAAGCCCUUCUUCUCGUGGUGGUAGCCCUAGAGGCAGGCAAAGGAAAUGUUGUCUGAGACUUGGGCUGGGAGGAAGCCUGGGGAAUAGUUUGCAGAAAAAGCCAGAGAAGCUGGUGGAGAGCAGUGCCCUUAAGAGCCCUCCUUCUGUGCUCACCACCCCCUCAGGGCUUUCCCAAGCAUAGGGAGAAGCACAAUCAGAGGUACAGUGGGUGCUCCUGGGCCCUUCUGAGUACUGGGGAAGGCUGGAGCUCCCUGCAGGGAGUCUAGAUGCCUGGGAAGGAGCAUCUCCCUUCUAGCAUCUCCUGGUGGCAGGCCGGGAAACCCCCUUCCCUCCUUGCUCUGCUGCAAUUACUCAUUAUUGGUUAUAUUCUGCAUCAGAAGAAAGCAAAAACAAAAAAUUAAAUGCUAGUAGCAAAACCCAGGCAGAACCCCUGAGCCCAUCAUAGCAGAAACCUCCAGUCCAGACCUACGUUUGCAUGGACCUAGACACUACUCCCGUGAGCCAGGCUGUCUGAUCCAACUAGGUGACUCGCAGAACUGGGUCAGACAGAAGCCACACGCCACAUCUUUCCUUUGGGUUUUUGCCAAGUCUUCUUGCCCUUCUCCUCUCACCAGUGCUAUAGACUGGUUGGAAGCCUCCAAACACAAUCCUUAGGACUGCUCUAGACCUUCCGGCAGUUCUGCAAAUGGUCAUGUGACCUUCCCUGCUCUCUGCCCUACUGGGGACCCAACAUCUCUAGCCCAGGCCUGUAGCUUGCCUGACACUCAAGCAAAUGUGGUUGGGGCUAGUCUUAUUGUUUAUAUUUUAAUAGGAAGACUCUCCAGCAUGUACAAGUGAGCCACAUGGCCCAAGUAUGCUUGGAGUUGUGAUUGGCCUGUAGUUGAACUUAGCCCCAUUUUGUUUCCUGAGUCCUUGGACCUAGCUGAUAAACUUUCUCAGUCCUUUAAUUUGUUCCUCUUGUUUUAAACAUGUUUUUCCCAGCUCUUAGGGCUUCAUUUCUGGUUCUGGGGUGCAUCUUGGCUCAGAAGAGGACAGAAUGUUAGAUUCUUGGACUUUUUUUUUAUGCUACCACUGCUGCUUGAUGGAUUUGCUGGGACUUGUCUUCCUAAUUGGCAGCUUCCCUUUGCUCUCUGACUUCUUUGUCCUGGGCCAGUUUCUCCAUGGCUUCCUAAGAAGGGCAGGGCCCAAAGGAGAGUAGCCUUCAAACUGUCCCUCAGUUUCUGCCCAGCUCAGUGUGCAUCUUCUUGCUUUCAUGAGUCUUUUCUCCUAGCUGCCCCCCUUUCCAGGUGUCUAAGCCCUUUCUACACCAAAGCAAAGAAUGGCCUCAGGAGGGAUUAAAGAGGGUGUCAUCUGUGGCUAAGGGCCAGCUGUGCUCAUGCCCUAUGCUACUGGACACUUGGCAGCUCUGGCACCCUGCGACUGGUCAAUCAGCCUUGGAAAGAAACUGUCUUGAAGGUUUGAAAAACCACCAAAGAGAGGGAGCGAGGACUUUGCCUGUGUGCCCUCUGCUUGCCCAGCUCCUGGGAUCCAGGAGGCAGAGCCGAGAGCUGCAGCCCACUUUAGCUGGGCCAGGUUGGUCUCCUUCCAUCCAGCUCCAGGAGCCACCUUGUCCUGGGCUUCCACCCAGCAGACAGGAAAAGUUUCUAAGAGCUGGAUAUGCAUGCCCUGUGGGGGAAGGCACAGCUUGCCUGUCCCAGCCCUGACAAUCCCAUCCAGCUGAGACCUUGCGAGUCUUUGAGAGAAUACCUGCCCCAGACUGCAGGAAGCCAGAGGGAAACCCAAGUGUAUGUGGCUCUGCACAGACAUCUUUACAUAAACACGGAGGUGAAGCUGUCCACAUGCGAGCUGAGGAGAGCCUGAGGAGUCUAAAGGGGAGCCUGGUUGCCUCACCCAGCCAAGCCAAAUGUGCACAUUGUUCUGAUCCAGACGAGCUUUGUGAUCAGAAGGAAAUUGGGUCCAAUAUGAGAGGGUGCUGGUUCUGGUCCCUGGCAGGAGUGAGUGCAGGGGCAUCCUUUCCUGGCCUUUCUCCGUUCUCCCUUGGAACCUGUACUCAGUUUGCCUUGAAUGUGGACUUUGGGGGAACCAGUUGCCCAGAGUGUCAGGGCAGGCUUCUGGGUGGCACUCCUGAUGUUCCGUCCCUCUGCCAGCCAUAGCCCUGUCCCCUGAUGUCAGGGAGUGGAGGCUGGGCUGUGAGUGCUGCUGCCACCUGUAUUGUUCCUCUAAUGCACUGUAGAAAUUGUAAUGUAUUUAAAUCAAUGCAAAUGUAUGAAUAACAAACCCAAUUUCUGAUA